AUGGAGAAUAGCCGAUUGUCAGAUGUGGCAUGCCGCACCCUCCACGCUGCAAUAAAGUUGGCAGCCAUUGAAGCUCCUGAGGGCCUUCUGGGGACUGCGUUGUGCCUGCGCCUUCGCGGAGGGCCCGGGCUGUGUGGGGAGGCUCGGCUCAGGGCAGAAAGCUGCUCUUACGCCUCCCGCCUCCAGGCCUGUCCCGUGGCGAAACUGCCAGGGCGGCGGGUACCCAACCGGGCGGGCGCGGGACGCGGACGGGCAGACAGGCAGCGCGCCGGGCACCUUCGGCGAGCGGCCAUGGCUGUGGCGCGUGGGGCGACCCGCCGCCUGUUUGCGGCGCUGCGGGGCCGGAGCCCGAGCCUCGCGGCCAUGUCAGCAGAUGCUCACGGAUUGACAGCAGAGGAGAGGAACCAAGUUAUACUUGACCUUAAAGCUGCAGGAUGGUUGGAAUUAAGUGAGAGAAAUGCUAUCUACAAAGAGUUCUCGUUCAAAAAUUUUAAUCAGGCAUUUGGUUUUAUGUCCCGAGUGGCCCUACAAGCAGAGAAGAUGAAUCAUCACCCGGAAUGGUUCAAUGUGUACAACAAGGUUCAGAUAACUCUCACUUCCCAUGACUGUGGUGGACUGACCAAGAGGGAUGUGAAACUGGCCCAGUUUAUUGAAAAAGCAGCUGCUUCUGUCUGACUUCUUCCAAAAUGCAUGUAAAUCUGAUACACAUC